GUCCACUCCUAGUACAACGUUUCGACAUGUUUGUUUAUUCCUCGCGGCUCCACACACCUAUCCCACCUGGUCGGCUCAUGAGGAUUAGGAGUCAUCUGCUGAUACGAAAAAGGCAUGUCACGUCAGCCGACCUCUAACUCCAACCCCCUCGGAAUUUCACUCUAUGUCUGGGGGGUGCCGUGUGCACGGCACAGGAAUGUCCAAGUGGUUGCCUCGUAUCUUUAUCGAUACGACGAGGUCAUCUGCUCGUACAUCACCCGCACCGCAUCGUGUCCGCGGCAAAUCUGGAGUCCAUUUCUCUGAGUCUCGUGCUACAUUACGCGUCGGGUCUUUCAUGUUUGCAUCAUCUCUCUUUGGGUUUCUUUGCUUUUCUUUUCUGAUAUGAUUUGGUUGCAUCUGGGCACUGCAACUGCUUCUACAUGGUUGUUGCAUAUGUUUGUCUACUUCGAUGGACUGGAAGUUGUACUCUGUGUGGGCGUAAGAGUAUGUGGGUGUGUGGGCCCUGGUGAUUGGCGGUUUGUGACGGCGAAUGGUGUUGCGAGGACCCCGAAUCUUGUACUGGAGGAAGAAGAACGUUACAUGGGUGUGGCGAAUCGGAGGACUUCGGGGAGCCGCUGUUUGUUUGUUUGUCUAUUUGAAGGUGAAACGGACAUGGAUGAACGAUUGGUUGGUUGGUUUGGUACUGGUAAACAGGAAAGGUUAGCAUUAUACCCCCCUCUUGCCUUUGCGCCCUCUUGCGAACAAGUUGUCGUCUUGGCUUGGCUGUUGCGAUGCAUACGGAAUGGAAUUAUACACUACAUUACACUACACGGCUGGGCUUUAGGUUGGGAUAGAGAGGGGAUAACUGGACUGGACCGGUUGAGUCUUGGGGGUUUGAUCGCAUGGGAUGGAAGACUAGAAACAGAUACAGAUAGAGCUGUCGGUUUGGGGCGUUGGGAUCAGACACAUGUACCUUAGAUAAUUAUAAUACCCUUUUCAUGGUCG